AUGGAUGCUUUUGCUAUACCUGUCGGAGCCGUGAUUGUGGAUUUGCUCGAUAAUCCUGGUUCAUUCACAAGAGAACUUAAGACGGAAUCGAUAUCAACAGCUGGCUCUAAAUUGAAUAUCUUCGAUUGUUCUACGGGAGAUCUCUUCUCUUCUCAGUUAGCACGACAAGCAUCAAGUGAAAGAUUGUUGUUGUGGCCUCUCGAUGGUGAACCAAUUCCUAAUGAACAAUGCAUUUCUGAAAUCGAUCGACAACGAUUUCCACCGAUUGAACAAUUUACUCUUGUAUCGUGCUAUUUUGGUGAUAUUCGAAUUGAAGCGAGCAAUGAAGCAAAUGAUUUGCUGACUCAUGCUGCAUAUGAGUUUCGUGUAGCUGAUGGUCAAUUGUGGAGUCGAACAACGUCCUUUGCUCCCGUCGCUACAUCUCUGCCAAGUAGUGUCAAAGCACGAAGUGGUGGAUUAUCUUUUGUUCGUCCUGCUGAUCGUCUUCUCGACUUUCAACAAGAAGAUGGAAAAGGCGACUCAGAAACAGCAAAUGCUGAGAAAAAAGAGGAUCACAGGAAAGGUGGUGGUGUGAAACGAAAGGAAGAGAGUAAUGAACAAUCAGAAGAGAAUGAAAAAAGAAAACAAACAGGUGAGUCCGAAGAAACACAGUUUCAACCUGUUGAUGCAGCUCCCUUAAUUCUUCUUCUCAUCCGCUUUGUAGGAGAAACACCAAAACAAGGUGAUAGCGAUUUCAGUGAAUACACUGAUACCAUAGCCUCUCGAUUAACUAGACGGGCAGCGAAGAAGAAUGCAAAACAAAAAUAG